AUGACGGCACAAGGCACGCCAGCUGCACCGGAUGCGGGCUCGUCCACUGGACCUCACGAUGGUAUCACACUUCUCGUGGUCGAAGACAACAAGAUCAAUCGCAGGGUCUUCGAGCUAUACUGCGAUAAAUACGGCCAGCCAUUCGUAGCUGUCGAGAACGGCCUGGAAGGCGUAGAGGCCGUGAUAAGAGAGCCCGACCGCUUCCGGUGCAUUCUCAUGGAUACGGCCAUGCCGGUCAUGGACGGCUUCGAGGCGACGCGGCGGAUCCGCGAGUUCGAGCGGGCCCGCGCCCUGCGGCCGGCCGUGAUCGUGGCGCUCUGCGCAAACACGUUGGCGGCGUCGCCGGCGCGCUUCGGCGAGGUCGGCUUCGAUGCCGUCAUGUUCAAGCCCGUGCCACCCGACGACUUCGGGUCGCGGCUGUUCGGCCCCGCCGAGACCAACCUCGUCUUCCAGCACGGGCGGCUCACCGAGGCCGAGCGCCGGCCCUACCCGCGGUGGCCGGUGCCGUGCGAGGAGUGGCGGCAGCGCCGCCGGCGCCAGGGCCUCGACACCGGGGCUCGCUCGUACGACGAUCUGGUCCGCAAGCGUUACCAUAGUAUGGUAAUGAGCAACAUUGUGCCAGAGCCUAUCAUGCGGCUCAGACUCUUCCCGCCGCGGGCCGUGGUGCUGCGUCGUGGCGAGCUUGACGUGCAAUGGGAUGAUGAAGAGGGAGGAGAUAGUGUCACUUGA